UACAGCUGCCAUAUGUGACGAAGAGGAAGAGCGAAGAAAACACGAAAAACUCCAAUGUUUAUGAAAUAAUUCGAUUAGCGUUCAAGGAGAAUGCUGUAAGCGCAGAUAAGGAGCUAACGCGCCCACAAACAUAAACACACCGCACAGGAAUCACCGAUUUCGACGCGCCCAGGAAUCACAGCUGUCGGGUGGUCUCAUGGCCAACAGAAACAUGCGUAACACUAACACCACAAAAGUGGAGGCUCUGAUCGAGAGCUGCCGCAGCGAGGGCAAGUGGCAGCGGGUCAUUGAGCUGACGGAUGAACUGAAGACCGGAUCGCCCCACAAUGAGUGCCUGGCCAACUUCCUGGUGGGUGAGGCCCGGCUGGAGAAUUACCUGGAAGAACAUGCCCUCGCCGGCGCCGACUCCAACUUCGGGCGCGCUAAGUCAGGUUUGGCCGAGGCACGGCGCUUCCUCCACUUGGCCCUAGGCGAAAGCGGCCAAAAGGCGGGCAUUGCCUUGGACGCUUACCUGUUGCUCGCCAAGCUGUGCUUCGCCUGCGGCGAGUACGAGCAGAGCCUGGACAACUUCGUCAAGGCUGAGCUCAACACGCUGGCCGAGAAGGAGCUGACACUGCGCAGUUUAAAGAUCCUGGCCGAGUCUUAUGCCAUUAAGGGACUAUGUUUGGAGCAGCAGACCUCAAAGCCGUCAUCCAAGUUCAAGAAGGCCGAGAAGGACACGGAGAUGAUCAGCUGUUUUGAGCGCGCCACGGAUCUGGGACUGCUUUACCUGCAGGAGUAUGACAUCGUGAGUGGAAGCAGCAGCUCCUCCAACAACUCGACUGCUGGUUCCACGCUAAACGUAAACGCUGGUGUGCAGCCGUCAAGCAGCAGCUUCGCCAUUAGCAGUACCAUACCGGCGAGCGGUCCCAGCGGCCUUGAAGUGAACCGUCGGAUGGGUGCCAUUCUGGAGACGGCGCUACAGCGGGCGCCUAUAGUGCUUAUCAAGACGGAAAAGCUUCAGGAGGCCGUCGAGCGAUACCGCAUCAUGUUGAACGCCAUUGAGACGCGGGCGACCCAAUCGUUACGUCUCACUCUAGCCCGUCAGCUAGCCGAGGUGCUCCUGAGGGGAGUGUCCGGCACGAUUUACGCACCUCCCUUCACCGGAAAGUCUGGCGGUGGGACUCUACGCGGAGGUUCCUCGAAGAAGCUCUGGAAGCCGCGAAAGUACGCCGCCCGCCAGCAGUUCAACCCGCGAAACCAGCAGGAGGAGGUGAUUCUACUGCUGCUUAUCGCCGAGGCUCUAGCAGUGAGGGAUACUGUUCUAUCGCAAAGUCCCGAGUUCCGGCAGGCCCGUCAGCAUGCUAUGGGAAACGUGACGGCCGUCUAUGAUCUCCUAACUCUGGCUACUGUGCGCUGGGGUCUCGUCCAGCUGUUAAACGAGUCCUUCGAAAAGGCGCUAAAGUUCAGCUUCGGUGAACAGCAUGUAUGGCGGCAAUACGGACUGAGUCUAAUGGCUGCUGAGAAGCACACACAUGCAUUGAGAGUCCUGCAGGAAUCAAUGAAGCUCACGCCUGGCGAUCCGCUGCCUUGUUUGCUGGCCUCGCGCCUUUGCUACGAAAGUCUGGAAACGGUUAAGCAGGGUCUGGAUUACGCUCAACAAGCUCUUAAGCGCGAAGUGAAGGGUCUUCGGCCAUCGCGCAGUCAACUCUUUGUAGGCAUUGGUCACCAGCAGCUGGCCAUCCAGUCAAACCUAAAGAGCGAGCGGGAUGCAUGCCACAAGUUGGCUCUGGACGCACUGGAGCGGGCUGUUCAGCUAGACGGGAACGACCACCUGGCCGAGUACUACCUGUCGUUGCAGUAUGCUCUUUUGGGACAGCUGGCCGAGGCGUUGACCCACAUCCGUUUCGCGCUGGCUCUUCGCAUGGAGCACGCUCCCUGCCUACACCUUUUUGCGCUGCUGUUGACGGCGUCGCGACGUCCUCGAGAGGCUCUGGGAGUGGUAGAGGAUGCUCUACACGAGUUUCCCGACAAUCUACAGCUACUGCACGUUAAGGCACAUCUGCAGCUGCACCUGGAGGACGCGGAGACAGCACUGAGCACUGUGCAGCACAUGUUGGCCGUGUGGCGGGACGUAUACGAGGCUCAGCUGGCGGGGGAGGAGGAGAAACACUCGGAUACCAAGAGCGGCGUUCACUUGGCACAUUCCUCACAGAUGUCCGACAAGGAUUCGAAUUCGGUGUACGCUGCAUCCCUCGCUGCAGUUUCCCGCGUCGAACAGGCACUGAGUGAAGCGGCCAGCUCGCUUAGCUCGUUUACCCAGCGACCAGGACCCCGACGCCCCUGGAUGCUUCAAAUUGAGAUCUGGCUUUUGCUGGCUGAUGUCUAUCUAAGAAUCGAUCAACCCAACGAGGCUCUUAACUGCAUACACGAGGCUUCCCAGAUAUAUCCUCUUUCGCACCAAAUCAUGUUUAUGCGAGGUCAGGUGCAUGUCUAUUUGGAACAGUGGUUUGACGCCAAGCAAUGUUUCCUAAAUGCUGUGGCCGCCAAUCCCCAUCAUACGGAAGCUUUACGUGCCUUGGGGCAGGCUCAUUUGAUACUGGGAGAGCCCAGACUGGCUGAGAAGAUGCUGAAGGAUGCGGCUAAACUGGAUCCAAGCUGUCCCAAGAUUUGGUUUGCUUUGGGCAAGGUGAUGGAGACCCUGGGCGAUUUCCAUGCCUCGGCUGAUUGCUUCUCCACGUCGCUGCAGCUGGAGCCGUCGUGUCCGGUGCUACCUUUCACGUCAAUACCGCUGGUCUUUGAAUAGGAUCCUUUCUUUGACUCCCCUUUGGUUCGAUUGUAGCAGAUUCAACCUCAACUAACCUCAAAGUAAAGAGCAAUAUUACUUACUAUAUAUAUAUUCAUAUAUAUACUUACGACUUUGAAAGUUCACGUUCUAACUAAUAUCUUACCUUGGUUAUAAUUAAAUGAUGUGUCGCAGUAUUAGAACAUAAAGGGCUUAAAUAUUGUAUAUGCGUGCGUGUGCUUGUAAAUUAUUAGCUAGAAUUGUUCAACUUGAUGUGUAUAAAAUUAAUAAAAAACGUCCCGACCUAGAUCUUCAGACGAUGUAUGCGAUAAAAUAUUAAAUUAAAUUAAAAAGUAUAUCUUCUCACUCUCUAACACAUACACUUUUUCAGGUUGAA